AUGGCUGCUGCCAAGGCGACUGGAACGGUCAAAUGGGGCUACGGCUUCAUCACCCCCGACAGCGGCGGCGAGGACCUGUUUGUUCACCAGACCGCCAUCGUGUCUGAGGGCUUCCGCUCCCUGCGCGAGGGAGAGCCCGUGGAGUUCUUUGUGGAGACCUCCGACGACGGCCGCCAGAAGGCGGUCAACGUGACGGGCCCCAACGGCGCAGCCCCCGAGGGCGCGCCCCGCCGCCAGUUUGACGACGGGUACGGCGCCGGCGGCGGCGGCGGCAGCUACGGUGGUGGCUUCGGCGGCGGCGGCGGCGGCGGCCGCCGUGGUGGCGGCCGCGGUGGCGGCGGCUACGGCGGCGGCGGCUACGGCGGUGGCUAUGACCAGGGUGGCUAUGGUGGCCAGCCCCCAAUUGCUUGCAACAUGUAA